CCUUCUGAAUAGUUAGGACUAAGAGAUUUACAUCAUGCAAAGGCUUUUGCUCUGUUCUCAUUUAACUUCACAGUUUCUUGGAUCCCACUUUUAGUAGGCGGUGUUAUCUUACAUAAACUGUAUACUUCACUUCCCUCCUUGAGCAAAGAGAUCUCUUCUGCAAAAGCAUGCCAAGGAAAAUUCCUGGAUUUCUCUUGUUCAUCCUAGCAACAUAUGUGACUUUUCCAGCUGAAGGGCAGAAAAACCAGCUAAAAUCGAUGCGAUGUGACCAGAAGCUCAUAUUUAGGAAGUAUACUCCUUGCACUACCUGCAAACUUUUUCUUGGGAGGGUGGACUGCCCAGAUGGAUGGGAAAGAGUAACCCUCAAGCCAGAGAAAUGCAGAUAUACAGUGGACCUGGCUGAGAAUACUCUGUCUAUCUUGGGGUGCACUAUCAUGUGCAAGAAGGAAGUAGAAGAGAAAAAGUGCUGCCCUGGAUUCUGGGGUACCGAAUGCUAUGAAUGCCCGGGUGGAUCUGAAAACAUAUGCAACCAGCAUGGAACCUGUUUGGAUGGCAUUCAGAACAACGGAACCUGCAUUUGUGAUGCAAAUUAUGGUGGCUACGCAUGCCAAGACUGCAAAGAUGAAGUUCAUUUCGGCCCUGACUGUCAAUCUGUAUGUGAGUGUCAGCAUGGAUUCUGCAACCACGGUCCCUCUGGAGAUGGAAAGUGUACCUGCUAUGCUGGCUAUACUGGCCCCAAAUGUGACCAAGAACUUCACAGCUGCGGUGAUGUAAUCUGUGACGCCAACUCCAUCUGUGUGGUAAAGGAUGGGAAGGCUGAGUGUGAAUGUAUUCCAGGCUACAGGAAAACUGGGAUUAAAUGUCUAGCCCAGGAUCCCUGUAGUUCUUCUCCAUGUUCCUCACCUGCUGUUUGCAAGACUGUUGGGGUAACCAAAUAUCAAUGCGCUUGUGCAGAAGGAUACCAAGGAAAUGGGAGAGUGUGUCAACCCAUAAACCCCUGCCUUGACAAUAAUGGAGGCUGCCCUAUAAAUACCACCAACUGUUUUGUGCAGGGUCCAGGAAAGUCAUAUUGCCUGUGCAAACCACGACUGUCAAUAGGAGUGGAAGGGGGAAAUGAUUGCAGACCCAUCAGAAGAUGCCCAAAUUAUUAUUGUCAUAUAAGUGCACAAAAGUGUGAAGUAACCCCUGAUGGGACUUUCAA